GAGAGAGAGAGAGAGAGAGAGAGAGGCAAGCAGGAGGAAGUUAAAGAGAAUAAAAAGAGGGCAUAGCUGCAGACUAGAGAUGCAGGAUGACUGUUCUCGGGGCCCGGGGCUCGACUGCAACUACGAGUAGACACGAUAUUUGGGGAGUGGCAGAAACGUCUCUCGGGGGACCUGAAGGAGGACAGGCUACUGUUCCUCUGGCUGCUUGCUCGCGACUGAGCCCCUUUGUGAUGUCAGUAUGUCAGUCAUGAACAGGUCAGGCUUGUUGAAUAAGGCAGGUUUGAGGAGGCUGUUGUCAUCAGAUGAAGUGUGGACUUUAGGAAAGAAGAGGAACCAAGUGGAAUUUGUCCCAGCCGAGCAGGAUAUUCUGCAAGUUGCAGAAUCAAACAAUCCUCCUGCCAGUCCCUCUCACAGGUACAGCCGACAGAACCAGGCCCCUCUUCACCUUAUCAGUCCUGAAAGAAUUGCCAAGACGGAAGGUGGAAGCACUUCAUGUCUGCUUGAAUCCGUGAAGGCUUUGAAAUCAGGAUCUGAAGGCAAUGAACAAGACACGCAGAAGAAGGCACAAGGGUUUUAUGAGGACACCUGCACACCCAAGAGAGAAAGACCACAACAUCCAGCUGCAGUGCCAAUGAAGCCAGUAUUGAAAAUUCAGCAUUUCACACUCAACCGUGAGCCCCGUCUAGACAAAAAAGAUUAUUUCCAAUUGGAGAAGAGCCAUCUUAAGCCCAGUGAGCAAGAGGACAUAAAGAUGACAAGCAUGGUCCGUGGCAGUGCAACACCAGAUACCACAGCACUAAAUGUACAGAACAAUCAGAGACUGCACAGUGUGCUGGUGUUUAACAAUAAUGACACUAUAUGCAACCAGGAUGCAGGGGGCCAAAGGAAGUCAUCUCUUUCAUACUCCAAAACUAAUAAAACCAAUGCAGACCAUGAGCUUCCUGAACAAAAAACACAGGCGUGUACAAAUGAGACUGUCACAGACAAUCCACUUAUUGAAAACUUGAUUCUGGAAGCAGCAAGUGCGGAAAUAAGAAAGGCUGAGGAUAGUCCAUCUUGUGAUGUCAGUCUGUCUGAGAUAGAUGAAAAGUCAGAGGCAAUUUCAUUUCAUAGUGAAGCACUCGCUUGGUCUGAGGAAGAGAGGGACUGUCUCGAUGAGGAGAAGACUGAGGCAGCCCAAGCAAGUAGUUGCUCUUUGUUUUUUUCAGAAAAGUACACUAUGGUACCAGAAGAUUCUCAGCUUUAUGUGAACAAUAAACAGGAAGGACGCUGUACACUGCCACAUUACGAAAGACAAAUGACUGUAGAGUCUACCUUGUCAGAAAUUAUCUCUCCUGUAGAUGAGGUUUUGUCUUACGGAAGUGCAGAACUUCUUUCGUCUGCUAGAGGAGCCACAUCAGAUCUUGACAGCUAUGGUUGUCCUCCUCCCCUUCCUGCCUUUGAGAUUAUUACAUGGACCAGUGAGGAGGAACUUCCAGCUCCUCCUGAUUCUGUUGAAGAUCUCUCCAUUAACAGCGAAAACUUCCCUCCUCUCCCUGUGGACCUUUCUCUGAAAAGAAGAGAGUCUCUAAGUCUAGGCUCUAACAGUCUGAGGGAAAACGAGGUAAACGAUGAUAGUAAUGGAGCUCUAUGUGAGGAUGCUGAGGAAAAUGACUGUUCGGAAUGCAAUAGCUCACUUCCUGAAGAUGUGAGAAAUGAAAUCUCAGAUCCAUUGUCCUACUUCCAGAUUGGAGACAGAGUUAUUGUAUGUAACUCCAGACCAGGUGUGCUGAAAUAUAAAGGCCUCACAGCAUUUGCGAAUGGUUUUUGGGCUGGUGUGGCUUUGGACAACCCGAAUGGAAACCACAAUGGAACUUUUAGAGGUGUGAAGUACUUUAGCUGUGACAAAAGUCACGGUGUCCUGGUCAGAGCUGAGGACAUUGCCCAUAUACACAGAGAACAUAGUAGUGAUGUAGAGACUGGGAUGGAUGAAGAUCCCUUCUCAGAUGAGGAACCGCUAAGCGCAAAGAGAGAUAAACAACAGAUAGCCGCAUCAUGGGAAGAUAGACAAAGAGGACAUACUUAUAGUCAGUGUCCUCCUAGAGAUGAAACCAUACUUACAAUCACCACAUGCACACAACUAAAAGAAUCUCAGGAAGACACGUCUGAUGGCGCGAAAAAUCUUUCGCAUCCCUCUGAAAUGCCCUCACCAAGAGACAUCAGAAAAGGUGAGGAUGGUUAUUUUAUGCCAUGUGUCUUGGAGCAGUGGCAUCAGGCCCAACCCAACACGCCAUCAAAGAUAAAGGUGUCGCCCCAUGAAGACAGUAUCGUGUACAGAUUAGUAGAUGCUGCAGUGGAAAUUCUGUGCAGCCACGCAAAUGAAGACGCUCUUGACCUUUGUGAAACACCAAGCUAUCUAUUAAAUGACAGUCGCAAACAUUAUCGAAAGGUGAUCUUUCAGUUGACAUCUGAUGUACUGCAUAAGAUUUUGGGUGAUCUGUUAAGGACAAAACCUGCCCAGAAUAUAGAUGAUCAAUCUGCAAUAUCAACUCUUCAAUCAAGUAAAAUUUCAGUCACAUUUUUAAAGGCUGCAGUGAGAAAGGAGAUACAGAAAAUUCUGAAUUUAGAGCGAAAUGAACAACAGAUGACAGAGAUGCUCCAAAAACUGUGCAAAUACUGGUAUGCCAAGAGAGACAGAGUGGACUUUAUACUGAUUCAAGAACUUCAUAAUGAGGAGAGAACUUGGCUAGACUACAGAGAUGACCAGUACACUGUGAAAAUGCAUCUGACUGAAGAGAUUUUCAGCCUUCUUUUGGAUGACACAAUAUUAGCCCUAAAUCAUAUGCACAUUUCAACCUAAAAGAAGUUUUUUUAAACUUGAUGGGAUUUUCAUAUUCUGCAUCUUUGAUAUGUUCAAUUCUCAUUACCGAAAUUC